UUUUUUCUGUGUUGCUGUCGUUUUUCUGCUGUCCACAUUACAGGUUGCAGUAAAAUAGUCACGUUUUGAUUUUCGAUGCCGACAGUGCGACAUUUGACGGCUGAAUCACAAUAAUGGGAUAUACAUUGACUGUCAGCAGAGCCAGGCGAGCAACAAGGACAUUGUGGCUGUUGUUGCUUGUCAGUCUGUCUAUAUGCAUCUGUGUUUGCAAUGCAUCAUCUCAAGAGGACAGUGCCAUGGAGAACAUCGUAACAGAGAAGAAGGUGGAAGAAAGCCAUAGGCAGGAUAGUGUAGAUUUGCUCAUCUUCAUCAUGCUUCUCACCCUUACUAUUUUAACUAUUUGGCUAUUCAAGCACCGACGAUUCCGAUUCUUACACGAGACAGGACUGGCGAUGAUCUAUGGUGUACUGGUUGGUGUGGUGCUGCGCUAUGCCAUCCAUGUUCCCCGUGACAUCAGCGCUGCCACCCUGAACUGCCAUGUUAAUGCCAGCCCUGCCACCCUCCUUGUGAACAUCAGUGGCAGAUUCUACGAGUACACUCUGAACGGAGAGAUCAGUCCCAACGUGUUGGAUGAUGUGCAGGAUAACGAGAUGCUGAGAAAGGUAACCUUUGACCCGGAAGUGUUCUUCAACAUCCUACUGCCUCCGAUCAUCUUCCACGCUGGCUACAGCCUCAAAAGGAGACAUUUCUUUCUAAACAUGGGAUCCAUCCUGGCCUAUGCCUUCAUGGGAACAUUGGUUUCCUGUUUUGUCAUCGGACUCCUGAUGUACGGCUUCGUGACUCUAAUGAAGCAUGUGGGGCAACUGGGUGAAGACUUUUUCUUCACAGACUGCCUCUUCUUCGGGGCCAUCCUCUCAGCCACAGACCCUGUGACUGUCCUGGCCAUAUUCAAUGAGCUGCAGGUGGAUGUGGAUCUCUACGCCCUGCUGUUCGGGGAAAGUGUCCUCAACGACGCUGUGGCGGUGGUGCUGUCUUCGUCCAUCGUGGCCUAUCAGCCCCAGGGGGAUAACAGCCACACCUUUGAAGUCAUGGCCGUGCUCAAGUCGCUGGGCGUCUUCCUCGGGGUCUUCAGUGGUUCUUUUGCCCUGGGGGUGGCUACUGGCGUGAUGACAGCUCUUGUGACCAAAUUCACCAAGCUGAGGGACUUUCAGCUGCUGGAGACGGCUCUGUUCUUCCUCAUGUCUUGGAGCACAUUCCUUCUGGCAGAGGCCUGUGGCUUCACAGGUGUUGUAGCGGUGCUGUUUUGUGGAAUUACCCAGGCCCACUACACCUACAACAACCUGUCCCCAGAGUCCCAGAUCAGAACCAAACAGUUGUUUGAGCUGCUGAAUUUCCUGGCAGAGAACUUCAUUUUCUCCUACAUGGGCCUGACGCUGUUCACCUUCCAGAACCACGUGUUCAACCCCAUGUUCAUCGUCGGAGCCUUCGUGGCUGUGUUCAUUGGCAGGGCUUGCAACAUCUACCCCCUCUCCUUCCUCCUCAACCUGGGCCGUCGCAACAAGAUCCGCUCCAACUUCCAGCACAUGAUGAUGUUUGCUGGACUGCGCGGGGCGAUGACCUUCGCCCUGUCCAUCAGGGACACGGCCACCUACGCUCGCCGGAUGAUGUUCUCCACCACGCUGCUGGUGGUCUUCUUCACCGUCUGGGUCUGCGGAGGAGGCACCACCCAGAUGCUCUCCUGCCAGCGCAUUCGAGUGGGGGUGGACGCCGAUCAAGAUAAUCUGAGUGUAAAUGAAGGUUCAGAGAGGAGAAGCACCAAACAGGAGAGUGCCUGGCUGUUCCGGAUCUGGUACACCUUCGACCACAACUAUCUGAAGCCCAUCCUGACUCACAGUGGCCCACCUCUCACCGCCGUGAUGCCCGCCUGCUGUGCCCCCCUAGCCCGCUGCCUCACCAGCCCCCAGGCCUAUGAGAACGAGUGCCAGCUGCAGGACGACGACUCUGACCUCAUCCUGACGGACGGCGACAUCAGCCUGACCUACGGCGACGUCACCAUCAGCACCGACGCCACCGGCGCCUACACCACCAGCGGCGGGCCGGCUGGCCUCCCCAGCGGCACGGCCAACGCCUCCUUCAGCGAGGAGCUGGACCGCGAGCUGACGUGCGGCGACCAGGAGCUGGUGAUGCGGGGCACGCGGCUGGUGCUCCCCAUGGACGACUCUGAGCCCCCCUUCACAGACCACCACCGCCCGCGGAUCUGAUCCCAU